AGCGAUUCACUGUUUGGCCACAUCUGAAGUCACCGAGACCGAAACCCUGUGCUUAAGCCUCAUACGAACGAGCCUUUCGACCAGGUCUUACCAUGGCUGCCAACGCGCCCUACUAUCAACUGCACGCAUCGCAGCAGCGUUCACGUCCUUUCGUGAACAACGAGGAAUACACCGUCGAACGUACCCCAGAGAGUCAUGCAGAUACACAAGUCAACUUUGAUCAGGAGGAUAAUCAGGUAGCUGAGCUGUUGGAAGCUGCCAACGAGGCAGCUGGGCUACGGAAUGGAGCACGCACGCUAGGGUUGAGGCGAAAAGAGGGAGUUGAGAAUCUUAGGACGCAAGUGCCGCAAGGGAAGGGGAAAAGGAAGAGAGCUGAGAGCUCUACUCCCCCAAGAGUGGGAGACAUCGAGGGGAGAGCUGGGUGGACAGAUCAUGAUAGGGUAUUAGUGAGGGCAACGUCGAAGCGCGCGAGGAAAGACCCAGCCAGUGUGAUUCUAUCUCAAGAUCCAGCUCUAGAGACGACGGGCCAGCAGAUACGACAGCCUAUUGAAGACUCGGAUGAUACGAACGCGAGAGAUUCGUCGUCCAUCACAGCGAGUGCAAACGUUCAUACAAACGCCAAUUAUCUACCUUUUCCGUCCCGAGCCCCUGCACACGACCCACAGCUUAUAGGCGGUCGUCAAUCCCCCGUAUCUUGCGAACCCAGUACGACCUCCAGUGAACCAAAUCCCACUAUGCUCCACCCAGCGACCGCUCUCUUUCGCCGCCCACCUGCAAAUCCACCUAAGAAAUACACCCGUCCCCCUAUGUCCAAGCUCUUCGACUCCCUCCAGCUUGGCCCAGAGAGCUUUUUGCAACUGCAAGCACAGGCUAAGUCGUAUAUGCUAGACCCUGCGUAUCCAGCACGCCAGGCGUGUGUUGGAAAUCGUGGCAAGGGCGACACCGAUAUGGUCAAGCUGCGCCUGUUCCGUUGUGUGAACGACUUCCUAGUUCAGGGGGCUGGUGAGCAGUUCUUUGGAGUUAACGCUGAAGGUAGGGAAGUUGGAAAGAAGGCCAUGAAGUCUCUAGGUGAAGGCGAAAACGAUAGUGAGGAGCUCAGGGGAAGUUCUGGAGCGGAAACGAAAUGGAUAUGGCCCAGAGACGGAAAUACGAUCGUCGGGCUUGUGACGCCAUUGCUAAGAAGGAUGGUCACUAACGAGCGACAGAGGGUGUACGCGAUCGAGACGAGGAAGGGCGGGAAGAAGAAAGAGGGGUUGGGUAGUGAAGAUAGAGACGUACAAGGCGCUAGGACAGACGGUUUUGAAGGUGUGAGCUAUGAUCAGCACCCGCCACAUCUCGACCCAUCACUCGCAUCACCCUCGCUUCAUGACAACAUAAGCUCCUACCAUCCACAUCCACAACCCAUCCAGCUCAUUCCUCCAUUAGCAGACGCAACAUUAUCAGAGGAUCUUCGCAUCAUCAGUAUCCAUUUCUCCUCCUCGGACUACAAACCGCUGAGAUUAGGUCUGGACUUAGCUUCCCCGACUACGGACACAUGGGGGCUACGAUAUGCGGACUUAUAUCACGUAAUCGCGCAAAAUCUUGAAGGGGUGGGCAUUACUGAUGGACUCCACGGUAGUGAACGGCAGGAUCGGAGUGCCCACAGCGGUGCUAGAGGCGGGCGAGGCGAAAAUACAAGCCAGAGGACCAACCCGGCUAUCCCUGACGCCGACCCGGCGCUUCUCAGAGGCCUCAGAGCCGCUGCUGGCCUCGAUGCGGAUGUAAACGCGGACGCAGACUCCGAGAUGGGCGGUGUGCGGUUCGAUCAGGACGUCAAUAGUUCUCGUCAAGCUCCGGCAACCUGUUCUCCUGAUGGUGGACCCGAGGAUCGCUAUCAGGACAUACCGACCUCAAAGAACAAUCAUGACGUGCCUGAAACGCAAAAUCUAAGGGUGGAGGCCCUUCUGUCUACUGGCCUAUCUCUCGUGCGCAACGAAGACGAGUGGGAGCGUGUGAAGAGGGAGGUGAGUAGGACGUUCUGGUUUCGAGGACGGUGCACGAUUGUCGUCACUGUCUAAUUAAAUAAAAGAGCGUCUCGAGUCUCGGAGGGCAUGCUAAUAUGAAAGAUGAUUCAAAAUUUUAAUUUCCUACUCCGGAAGCUGUCUAACCCCUUCCAAAGCUUUGGCAUAUGAUAAUAUAAGGUUGCUAUCAUGUAUAGGACCUCAUCGGCCUAUAGCCAUGCAAUUGUCUCUUCCUCGGCCUCUUGCUCCAUCGGUGCGGCUGUGUUUCUCUGCUCGUGGAUCUCAUAGGCCGUCGCCACCUCGCGCGCCAAAUAUUUAGCCCUCUGAAGUAAAAACGUCGUAGUACAAAAUGCGAUGAUAAUGAAAAGUCUAUU